AUGGCGAAGAUGCUGCCAGCGCAGGAGGCAGCAAAAAUCUACCACACCAACUACGUGAGGAAUGCCCGGGCCAUGGGAGUCCUGUGGGCCCUCUUCACUCUCUGCUUUGCCGUGAUCAUGGUGGUGACUUUUAUCCAGCCCUAUUGGAUCGGGGACAGUAUCGACACACCCCAGGCUGGCUACUUUGGCCUUUACUCCUAUUGCAUUGGCAAUGCCCUUACAGGUGAACUCAUCUGCAAGGGCAGCCCACUGGACUUUGGCACUAUCCCCUCGAGUGCCUUCAAAACAGCCAUGUUUUUUGUGGGCAUCUCUACCUUCCUCAUCAUUGGCUGCAUCCUCUGCUUCAGCCUCUUCUUCUUCUGCAAUGCAGCCACUGUCUACAAGGUGUGCGCUUGGAUGCAGCUGGCAGCAUGUGCAGGCUUGUCAAUAGGCUGCCUGCUUUACCCUGAUGGCUGGGACUCCCCGGAGGUGAAACGCAUGUGUGGAGAGAAAACUGACAAAUACACCCUGGGUGUGUGCACGGUGCGCUGGGCCUACAUCCUUUGCAUCAUUGGGAUCCUCGACGCCCUCAUCCUCUCCUUCUUGGCAUUUGUGCUUGGCAACCGGCAAGACAAUCUCCUUCCGUCAGACUUCCAAGUGGACAAUAAAGAAGGGAAUGAAUGA